GUCGCAUUUUUAUUAAUAACGAAGGAGCCAUCCCCCUCGUUACCUGCCGACAACCCUGAACUCUCUCACCGCCACACACAACUUUCCAUUUUCCCACGUCUCCCUCCAAAUAUCCCCAAAAUUAUUUAUAAAUAUUCAGUAUAUAUAUUUCUGAAUUUCUUCCAAACCAAUUUCCCUUUUCGUUUAAUUUGAAAAUUGGGGGGAGUGGAUUUGAUGAUUUUACGAGAUAUGCAAGCCAACCCACUGCAAUGGACGGCCUCGCCGGGACUCGGUGUCGGGCUUGAAACGACGUCUUCGUCGCCGUUACCGUCGUUUUCGCAGCUGUCAUUGGGGAACUUGUCCGGUGGCACUUCUGUAAAUAGCUUGAAAACCAGGGGUUUGUUUCUAGUGAAGGCUAUGGAGGGCUCCAGGACGGCGAGCUUGAAUGGGCACGCUGGGAAUGCAGAUAAAAAUGCGAGCUUGCUGUCUUCGGUUGGAAAUUCAACCAACAUUCUGUGGCAUGAGUGCUCCUUGAACAAAAAUGACAGGCAAAAGCUACUUAAACAAAAAGGAUGCGUGAUAUGGAUCACUGGUCUCAGCGGCUCAGGGAAGAGCACUGUGGCUUGUGCUUUGGGUGGGGGUUUGUACCGCAGGGGAAAGCUGUCAUACAUUCUUGAUGGAGACAAUGUCAGGCAUGGCUUGAACCGUGACCUUAGUUUUAAAGCAGAAGAUCGUGCAGAGAACAUUCGGAGGAUUGGGGAGGUGGCGAAAUUGUUUGCAGAUGCUGGAGUUAUCUGUAUUGCUAGCCUGAUUUCUCCUUACAGAAGGGAUCGCGAUGCCUGUCGUGCAAUGCUACCUGCUGGAGAUUUUAUUGAGGUGUUCAUGGACGUCCCACUCCAAGUUUGUGAGGCUAGAGACUCGAAGGGCCUAUAUAAGCUUGCACGUGCAGGCAAGAUCAAAGGUUUUACUGGGAUUGAUGAUCCAUAUGAGCCACCAUUAAAUUGUGAGAUAGUAUUAACACAUGAAGGAGGAGUGUGUGCUUCCCCAUGUGAGAUGGCCGAAGAAGUGAUUUCUUACUUGGAAGAUAAGGGGUUCCUUGAGGCAUAGGAAGUGGGAACCCUUGCUGGAACCAUCAAAACUUUGAGCUAUACCACAAAUGCAGUGCAGAUAGCUUUUGGUGCCCGAAGUGGAUACUAUGCAUGCCUUACCAGAUAAGAGACAACAGAUGCAAAAAUCACAUGCUCUGAUAACAAGCUGUGAUUUUGCCUUGUCUAACAGGAGAGAACUGAUGCAAUAUUCACCUACUGAAAAGCAUUAGUUAAUUGAUUGAUUAAUUUAUGCCACAUAUUUCUAUUUCGUCUUCUUCUUCUAGCAAGUAGCUCUGUACUUAUUUGGUGUUAUUUUGAACUGUGCCCUCAUUGUAAAUAGAGAAGUGGAGAAUUGGUAGGUCAGAUUCUUUC